AUGGACUGCGUCAAGCUUCUCUUUGUCUCUCCGGAGAUCAACCCCAGUAACCGAAAAGCAAGGUCGAUCCCCAUCCUCAACCCGUUCGACAAGUAUGGGCGGGUUUUCUUCUUCUCGUGGCUCGGGUUCAUGGUUGCAUUCCUGUCGUGGUAUGCAUUUCCGCCAUUGUUGACCGAAACGAUCCGAAAAGACUUAGGCAUGACGCAAGUACAGGUUGCCAACUCGAACAUUGUUGCCCUACUCGCGACGCUGCUUGUGAGAUUCGUGGCAGGGCCGCUCUGUGACCGGUUCGGUCCUCGCUUGGUAUUCAUCGGACUGCUGCUUGCUGGUUCGAUCCCAACUGCCAUGGCCGGCCUGGUCACCACCCCCAAUGGCCUCAUUGCGCUGCGAUUCUUCGUCGGUAUCCUCGGAGGUACCUUCGUCCCGUGCCAAGUCUGGUGCACUGGGUUCUUUGACAAGAAUGUUGUCGGGGCGGCCAACGCCCUGGCUGGAGGCUGGGGAAACUCCGGUGGUGGAAUCACAUACUUUGUCAUGCCAGCGGUCUUCAAUGCGCUGGUGGGUUCCCAAGGCCUGCCGGCGCACAAAGCCUGGCGCGUUGCCUACGUCGUUCCAUUUAUCAUCAUCGUCGCCGUUGCCCUGACCAUGCUCUUCGUAUGCGAUGACACUCCGACGGGCAGUUGGUCGGAUCGUCACCUCUGGGUGAGGGAGGCCCGGGAGUCGGAGGGCAACAUUGUCGACAUCAACUCGGGCGUCCCCCCGAGCUCACUGUCGAAGUCGCCGUCGAUGACCAACGUCAUGGACAUCGAGAAGAAGAGCGGCGCACAAACCCCAAUCUCGCUGGAGCCGGAGUCGCAGCCGAUCGCACAGUUCGACGCAAUCCGGGCCGACACCGUGGUGGCCCCGACGCGCAAGGAAGCGCUAAACGUGCUGUUCAGCCUCCCUACCGUCGCCGUGGCGGUCACAUAUGCAUGCUCCUUCGGGGCGGAACUUGCGCUCGACUCCUUCCUGGGGUCCUACUACGCUACGAACUUUCCCGGUAUGGGACAGACCGAGUCCGGACGAUGGGCUGCCAUGUUCGGGCUGCUGAACAUCGUCUUCCGGCCCGCGGGCGGUUUUCUCGGCGACUACCUGUACCGCACGACACAGACCCUGUGGUCGAAGAAGAUCUUGCUGAUCUUCCUGGGAAUCGUCAUGGGAGCCUUCGAGCUUGCCAUUGGACUAACGAACCCCAAGUCCGAGUCCACCAUGUUCGGCCUGAUGGCGGGACUUGCCUUUUUCCUGGAGGCAUGCAACGGGGCGAAUUUUGCGCUGGUGCCGCACGUGUAUCCGUUUGCCAAUGGUAUCGUGUCUGGCGCCGUGGGCGGCAUGGGCAACUUCGGUGGCAUCGUCUGUGCCAUCAUCUUCCGGUACAAUUACACAAACUACGGUCGAUCGCUGUGGAUCAUCGGGGUGAUUUCCAUCGCAGCCAACGUGGCGGUGGCCUGGAUCCGGCCUGUGCCGAAGACUCCGACGGUGAAUCAGUGA